AUGCUUUUUAGGGAUUGUUCUUCGGUUACUUGUUUGAGGAAUCGGAGCAUAGAAGCAUUAGCCAUUGCGGCUCUUGUGCAGGCCAUUGAGGAAGCUCAAGAGCGUAGAACUCUUCAGUUGGCUCGAAGGGGUCGUCGGGGUGAGAGACGAUUGGGGUGGGGAGGUCGGAGAUGGAUAGACAGAGAGGGGACUCCUGUGCACGGAUAUGGAAGAGGUGGUUGGGCUGUGUUUUACACGGCUGCACGAUGCGCACUCAGUUAUGUAACGGUCGCUGGUGUUGGUGGGGCAACAUCCCUUCAUGAUGGAGCAGUACAGGCACAACAAUUCGGUCUCUAUGGCUGUCGCCUUGUUUACUAA